AUGAGUAAGGGUUUACGCAACAUAAGUCUUGCUUUUAUGAUUGAUUGGGUGCCACGAUGCUUUAACUUUCACAUUUUACUCCACAGUCCCUCUAUUGAGCCUCUGGUAUCGCUCGAAACCCCGCCAGGGUCUCUUCCCAAACCAAUCCAAGUCGUUCAGCCCAUUCCAGCGGCUUGUCCCUCCCCCGUUCCUGGUCAACCCAUCCACGACCAAACCGCCUGCCUUAACCCGCUUAUCAUGACUGCUCCCGUAUCUUCCCCAAUGGUAACUUACUUGGCUACUAGUAGCACCAUCUCCAUUCCACAGGCUUCCGACAGCCUUGUGAAUAGUACAUCUUCUGGCAAACCUCCUGGUCUCAUACCCUCAUCCCCCUACGUCUACCAGAGCAUUCCUCUCGGUCAGCAAAUUUUCCUUGCCAACACUCCCCAAAACGGAUUUGUUAUCGCCCAGCCUCCGGGAACUUCCUACAUGAUCGCUCACCCCCAACCCCAGUUCCAAGUUCGAGCUCCCGCAGGCGGUCAGACGAUUCCAAUGGCUCUUGUCCUUGGCACUCAACCCGCCUCUGGUCUGAUUCAAUUACCCCAUCAUCCCACAACAGCUAACGUAAUUUCUGCGGCUAAUUCACCCAUUGUUUGUGCGAAUCCUGUUGUAGCAGUUCAGCCAAACCUUCAACAGUCUUGUCCUCAAAUUCAUUCGGGAGUUACAGUGACCCGUUUUCCCAAUGGAUGUCCCAUUGCGCCAAAUACCACUCCUACCUCUGUCGUCACUGCCAGCGUCCCGACGACAGCAACGGUGGCGCUGACAACUGCCGCUAGCAUCACCUCCCCUGCGAUAAAUAGUGUUCCGGUCGUUGCUGCUUCCACUGCUGUCACCAGUUCUGCGCCCACGAGAUCGGUCAUAGCAACUCCCGAGUCGGUGCUGCUUGAGCUGAACAAGGAAAUAAGCAACCUCGAGCAGUUAGCUACGACUUCAACCACUCCAUUGACUCUACAGCAAUCGAACCGCUUGCAACGCCUUCUCCAAGCUCGUGAUCAGGUUCUGAGGACCAUAGAGAAUGCAAAAUCUCGCUCUUCCGGAGGCAGUAUUAGACCCUCCACCUCCCCUGCUGCCAAUGUCACUCUCAGACCGCGCCCUCCUGGUGCUACGCCUGCCUCCAUUCUCCCAGCUGUGCGUUCGGAAGUGAUUGGACUUUUGGUGAAGCAUCGUCUCCUUCCCGUGAACAUUGCGAUGGCUGCCGGGGAAAGUGUAUUGGUGGAAUUCCGUCUCACCUCUCAACGCUACCAGUUAUGGUUAACACGAGCGCAGAAAGUGGAUCUGGAACAACUACUCUACACCCUCCCUACCAAUCAACGCAAGGCGGAGGUGCUCGUAGUGUACCAGCAGGAACAGGCUCGCUUCUUCGCUGCCCAUCCCCGACCCGCGCCUCCUGUGGCAACACAACUCCGAUUGCUCCGUCCGCCGCCUCCACCAUCCCAACCUCAACCCACACCACAACAACCCUCGGCCUCCCAGCAGACGGUUCAAUCACCCAGGCAACCACUUUCUACUGGCACAAUGUGUGUUCUCGCUCCCGUCUCUGCUAGCGCUGCUAGCACUCCUUCCGAUCCAUCCAAAUCGAGUUUACCCCUGAAGGUGCCUCUAUUUGGCGCGUCAUCAGCUCUCGCCCGAGCCCCUGGGAUGGUCUCUGCCGCCCCAACUUCCUCUGUCACAGCUGUCACUAGCACUGCCCCUGCCAACGUACCGCCAGUCAACCAGCUGUCCGUGCUCCAGUCGCGUCGCCUCAAUGCUGUCCGAACCCUUCUCCACGCCGAUCAGAUCGCGGCAAUAUCUCGACCACCGGUUCUGGUGGCAUAUGAGGAGCGACCACUGCCCUCACCGGAAGAACUUCUAAAUCUCUUAGCACCCUAUCAUGUCCAACAAGAUAUGGAUAACACUCCUGAGGCCAUAAGUAAAGCGUUAGAAAGUGAUCGUGAGCGUUUUGCGGCUGAACGGACCGCAUUUGAGAAGUUGAAGGCCCGUUUGGACGCCGAGGAAUGUCAUCCGCUGCCGUCCAAACGGAUACGUCAAUUCCUCGAAGAGGCAGCUUCCGAUUUUGUCCCUUUAGAGUUUGAUGGAAAGGGCAACUCCCGACCAGCCAUUCUUCAGCUGGAGGAGCAACAGUCGAAACCGAAAGUGGAGGAAGUGGGGCCCUUAUUUGAACAGUCUCCCAGGGCUUCGGUGAAGUGCACUGCCUCUGUGGAAGAGGGCGCUUGGCCCGAAUGGGAAGAGGAGGAGGAAGAAGUGGUGAUAGCAGAAGAGGCGGAGGAUUUUCAACCGCCCAAUUCUCCCGGCAUGGACAUUGCAAGUGUCGUUGUAGAGGAGGAGGAUGAGGUGGUGGUAAACAGUUACGGUGGCCAUGAACCGAGGUCUCCUCUGAACGGCCUUUCCGUGUGCCAGUUUCCACCCUCCGCCUCGGUGCCGGAGAUGUCGAAAUCUCGAGUCGAAACAGACGACGGGGUGACCUACCAACGGUUGCAGCACUCAGAAGAUCCCACAAUUGAUGCUGCAAUUCGGAGCAUAAUCGAUCUCCGUAAUAAUGCAAUAAAGGUUUUGGGUGCUUGCUGCUACCCCGCACCAGUUAAGGCUCACUGUCUUAUGCUUUCUGAGGUAGUCUGCGAUUCGCUGGACUCGGCUGAGAGGUGGUUAGAAGCCGAAACAACAGCGCGCAAAUCUACAAAGGGUUGGCAGGAUUUCACCAAACGGGCUCACGACUUUGUGGAAAAACUUGGACUCGAAUCCCCCAUUGCUUGUGUCACGUCGGGUGGAACGACGGCUCCGCUGGAGCUGAACACCGUCCGCUUUAUUGACAAUUUUAGUACGGGCUCCCGAGGUGCAGUGAGUGCAGAGUACUUCUUGAAGUUGGGCUAUGCGGUCAUCUUCCUACAUCGACGUUACUCCCUGACUCCCUUCACAAAUCGCUGUUGUCCUCCUGGGGGCUGGGCCUCAACUCUUGAUGCUUGGUUUGACUUUAACAACACUUCCACACUUCCUCAUUCCACACCUAAACUUAACCCCGUAUUCGCUCAGAGCAUCUGUGAUGUUAUCCAAAGCUACGACAAAUUCCGGGACCGUCUACUACUCCUUGACUUUCUAACGGUUGAAGAUUACCUCGUAAAGCUUCGUUGGCUUUGUUGUUUGCUCAAUCGGAGUGAUUUGUGUCGUCAGGGUACACUGCUUUUCCUCGCUGCAGCCGUCUCUGACUUCUUCAUUUCACACGAUCAUCUGCCGCGACACAAAUUGCACGCCAGUCUAGCUCUCAAAGGGGGUGACAAUGACAACAUCCAAUGCGACGCUGAUGGCUCUCUGACAAUACAUCUCUCACCGGUUCCUAAGGUCCUUGGUCUCAUCUCAACUAAGUGGGCCACUUCUACGAUGGUGAUCUCCUUCAAGCUGGAGACGGACGCCUCCCUUGUUCUGGACCGAGCUAAAGCAGCCCUAAAGCGAUAUCAAACACACGCGGUGAUAGCGAACCUCCUGCAGACACGCAAACAAGAGGCCUGGCUCAUUCACAAGCUGGAUGAAGGUGGCGGUGAUGGUGUUCUGGACUUAUCCUCCGAGCACCUUACUGUGACACCAUCGUCUUCUGAGGAGCUCGAAGAAGUCCUCACCCGUCGCGUCGCUCAUCUCCAUACCACUUUCCUGGCGUUUCAAAAAGGAACUACUUGUUAG